AUCAAAACAGUUUGUUAAUGUUAGGAUUUCUGACCCGGUCUAACUUAGGUUUGACCAAUAAUUGAUCAAAUUCGAUCAUGAGUGGCACGACUGAAACCGACAUCGAUAGCCCGUUUGUAAAAAAGGAAAAAUGCUGCAAAAUCUGUGGUGCCACCGAUGGCCCAAUGGAAUCUAUUUUCUGCAACGCGGAAGAUACGGCCAUGCUGAACAAAAUAUAUAAAUCCACACGUGUUGAGGUUACCCCGGUUUGUGGGUUGAUUUCUCCAAUAUGUGAAGCGUGCCAUCGGCGGAUAGAUGAGUACGACGAACAUGCGCAACCGAAAGUGAUAGAAUAUGUCAUCAAGACUGAACUGGACGACGACACAUUAGACUACGAUCCACUUAAUGUUGGCAACCUGACCGAUCCAAUGGCAAUCGAAGAUAAUUCCGAAGAUGAUAUAGAUGUAAAAAUUACCUAUGGCAGACGCCCAAAUAAACGAAAGAUCAACAGAAAAGCCAUUAAUAUUGUGAAGAGCAUGCCACAAACCCUUCCAACGCGAAGGCGUCCAGGAAGACCACCGAAAGUGAAACUAGAAUUGCAAAAACCAGUGGAGCUUUCUACCGAGAUUGUCAUGUUGAAGCAAGAAGAGUUGGCAAAUGAGCAAACAGUUAUGGAAAAAGUAAAUCGAUUAAAACAUAGGGAAUGUCGGAAAACGAGAAAAUCCCUAGAUGGGGACAGCUCAGGAGAAGGUGGCUUCGAUUCGCACGAUGCUAAGAGACUUCCACAUGAAGAACAAGAGUCGGAGAUGGACGAACCGGAUGUUACGGAUGGCGAUGAGCGGUUAAGUAAGGACAGUGUCGAUAGCGAUUCGCAGGAUGAACGCAACCCAACGGUACGGCGAAAAGUACUCCGAAGCGGCCGCACAGCGACGCAUCAAAAAGGUCUCAAGAAAAAAGGAGGCCUUCCGGAGCAGUGCGAGGUUUGCGGAAAAACCGUGUCCUACAUGCGCGAGCACAUGCGGCUGCAUCGGAUCGAAAAGCAGCACCCCUGUCCGCACUGUGACCGGACGUUCGUGCAGGCAAACAACCUAAAGUACCACAUUCGGAAGCAUCUCGGCGAAAAGCCAUACUCGUGCAAGCAAUGCGACAAACAGUUCUACUGCGAGGCACACCUUAAGUCGCACAUGCGUGUGCAUGGCCCGCAGGGUCUGUUCCAGUGCGACGUAUGUCCGAAGAGCUUCAACCAGGAGUGCAAUCUGAAGAAACAUCUACGUGUGCACACGGGAGAAAAGCCUUACAGUUGCGAUACUUGUGGCAAGCGGUUUAAUAGUACAUCGAAUCUGCGCAACCACUCGCGGCUGCAUUCGGACGAACGGCCACUAACGUGUGACCAUUGUUCGAAAAGUUUCGUCGAUGUGCACCACCUUCAGCGGCACAUUCGGGUGCACACGGGCGAACGUCCCUACAUGUGUCACGUUUGUUCACACGCGUUCUAUUGCCAGAACGGCUUGAUGGAUCAUCUUAAAACCCACAUCGAGGAAAAGUUUUUCAAAAUUGACUAGCAGUUUACGGAAUUAUCGUAUUUUCGGCAGGUAUGUCUUUAAAUCGAUAAUGUUGAUGAAAUACUAUUUUCAAGCGAAAUGAUCAAAUACAGUUCGAUUUACUAGAAUUGAAAAAUGUCUGGCUGGAGUAAUUCCGUAAUGAAAAGGAUCGAAUAAACAUCAUCCAAUCACACCAAUCAGUAAAGGCAUUAAAACGUAUGAACCACAUUUGUAAAGGCAUUAUCUCAAACAUAAAGCCGAACAAAAAACUCAAAAAAAAAAGAUGUAUAAGACCAGCUAAACACCUGUUACUCAUAGCCCUUUGAAAACUGAAUUAUUAUGGUUCCUACAUUAUUGCUUCCAAAUAUGGAGGAUAAUAAUACACGGGAAUACGUUCUUUUGCAACUAUGUACUGAUUUCGAAAUUCCCAUCUGUUGAAUUCGUAUGGGGUUGCUUUCUGAUGAAAAUAUUGAGACAAAAUUUGAAAAUUUUGCUUUCUCUAGCGCUUAAGAGGUUCAAAGAGUUACAUACAGUACUAAAAUAAUUGAUAAAAUAAAUUCAAAAAAGGAAUAUCAAUACCUGUUUGGAAGCAGAUAUGCAGAUGAGCAUAACAGACACAGAGAUUAAAUCAUUACUUAAUAUAAAAAAAAUAUUAGUUGACUUAUUUCGAAGCAUAAAAAUUGUAAUACAACACUUGUUUUAUUUUAAACAAAUAUUAUUGAUAUAAUACUUCGAAAAUACUAGAGAGAUUUUAUGAAAAAGGUGAUGCGGUACAGAGUUUUUGCGUUAAACACAAGAAUCGUAUGUCUCGAACGUACCGGAUUAUUAAUUUCCAAACGACAUACGAGUAUGCGGUCGUAGACCUUAGGAUUAAAUGGACGUAAUUAAAAUUCUGAAAAGGCAUUUACAAAAUUAACACGAUUAUUUGGACUAUGAAUUUAAAACACAAUGAUUAAAAUAUUGUGCCAAUCAAUGUUUGAUCAAAAAUAAAUAAGAACCAUUUGAUUUGAAUCGUAUUAGUCUUAGUCUAGUCUAGUCUUGACCGGUAAAUAUUUCUUUUGAGACAUAAAAUUAUGUAAAAUAAUGGAAUAUUCAUUUGAAUCUUAGUAGAUGUGUUGUU